AUGGUCGUUUCGAAGGAAGGUAAACGCCGGCGUAAAGUGUCCGCCAUUGCACAAGCCGGUGGCGGCAGCACCAAUCCGUCAUCCGGCAGCGGAUCUAACGGCCCCAUCACCAGCGUAGCAGCAGAGCGUGAUCUUUCUCCACCGGAAAUUCCAAAACGCCCGAAAGUGCACGCACAGAGAAAAUUCGCUCAAGGGCAGGGAACGGCUUCUUCGUCCUACCUUAGCUAUUCUUCUGCACCUCCCACACCCGGCAAAGACGGACAGAAUCGUGCUUCACACUCUGGGACGGGAAAUGGCACAACACCGACCGUACCCGGCAGUGGGACUGGUACGGAUGUCAACCCACAAGUGCCGGAACUGUUACCGAACAUGCGACCAAACACGGAAGAUUUCCUUACAUUCCUGUGCUUUCGUGGAACGCCGGUAUUGCCGCCUGCGUUAGACUAUUUCAAUAAAACCAACUCUGGAGCGACUACAAAUGCGGGAAACAGUAGCACCGGUGGAAGACAAUCUUCCACACCCGGUGGUUCGGGUAGUUCCAAGCUAAAAUCACCACCAUCAAAGACAGCCUCAUCGGCGAAUGUAGCACCCGCUCUUGCGGUACCCUGUUCCACUUCCUCUAAGAUAAUCGAACCAAAACAAACGCCAGAAAAGCAAGACAAUGCCACUUCGACUAAAACCGUGCAAAACGAACCGGUUGCAACUAAGGAAAAACAAAUAACUUCAACGUCAGGGACAGCCCCUCCCGCUACAACGUACAUCCCUUUCGCUGUCCGCAAACGUGCUGAACAACAUCCGGUUCCCGUAGAGACACGAUCCGAUCGGAAACGUACGCAGGAUAAGAUGGAGGCACUACGCAAAAAGUAUCAUGAUCAGCGAGUGGCUAAACUACGAGCCACGACACAUGGCCAGCGGCAGAGUGGCCGUGGCAAUGUUUCAAUAACUACCCGGUCUUCAAGCGUUCCCUCGAAACCAGUUCGAAAAGAGCAAGAUGACGAAGAGGAGGCGAAUGGGUCGGAAAAUGAAGCGAUGGAUGAAGUUAAAGCAGAGGACGAAACGAAGGAUGGUACAAACGAAGAGACUAGGCAGGACAAAAAAGGUUCCGUUGAGGAACCAAACGUUGGUAAACGAAAAAGUGGAUUACGUAGUGGUGGAACAACUCACGCCACAAGUCCGGUAGUUGAAAGUGCCAAAGGAUCGCCUACAAAAAUUGCUCGGAAUACAAAGCGUGAUUCAUUAAAAACUGCAAGUGUUCAAGAAGACGCAAGCAAAGAAUCACCGGAUAAAACAGUUGAAAGUAAAACACCCAACAAAGCGGGUAAAAGCUCACCUCCACCGAAUUCACCUGUCGAAGAUGCUACCAAACCGAGUGGAACGCGCAGUACAAGCACCGCGAGUUCGAAGAAAUCGGUAAAAGAAACUCCCAAGAAUUCACCCACACAGCAACAACAGCCUGCGACCGUUGUUUCCGAUUUAGAAGGUAAAGAAAAGCGGACGACAAGGUUGUCCGCACUGCGGAAUCCGCCUCCAGCAGUGGCAGCCAAACCGGAGACGAUAAAAACAGUGAAAGAUAAACGGAAGCAGCAGGAACGGGUUGAUUUUUCUUCCGACGAUGAUGAACCUUUAUCGCGAGCCACGGGCACGGAGAAACGUUCCUCAGAUACGGUAGCCACUAACGAGCUCGGUAAAACGACCCGUUCCGGUAGAAGCCGCAAAUCGGAACCGGCCACACUCGAGAAGGAUCCGGACGAAAUGCCGGAUAAAAAGACACGCCGCUCCGAGUCGGUCGUAAGCCGUCGUUCGGACAUAAGCUCGCGAAAGUCCGAGUUGCGCGAAACAGGUACGGCGAAGAAGGUGGAAGAACUACCGAAACAGCAGCAACAGCGAGGACGAAAACGGAAAGAACCGCCACAGCCACAGCAGCAGGUAGCUAAAUCAUCUAAAGAAGAAGAAUCCAACAAUGAGCUGAAGAAUGAGCCGCUCUCAUCGGAAAGUGUGGAACCGUUCGACCGUAAGCAACCGGCACCGGGUGGACGAAAGAAACGGGAAACACCCGCAAUCGAUUCAACCCGAGACGGCACAUCAACGCCAGAAGUGGAGGAAAAGAAACCGAAAACGGCAUCAUCGACACCGGUGGAAUCGCUAAGUACAUCGAGGCCAUCGCGCAAAACGAAGGAAGCGGCCACCUUGUACAUGGAGCUGAUCGGUAGAAAAUUAAACCAUGACGACAAGUCGGAUGAUGAUGCAUCAUCACUGGACAGUCUUGAGCUGCCGAAUGUGCGCAAGCUGGAGCGAAUGGAAAACGAACUAAAGGCGAAUGUCAGUAAGUCACGGGACGCAAAGCAGCAAACAUCCGGAACUGCACCCAAGGGUGCCGGUAAAGCGAAAAAGAAAGGUCAAUCAACGAGCGAAGCAAAAUUAGUACCCGUUUCGGUGGAUGAUGCAGGCAAGCAGAAACCGGUUGAUGAAGCUGACACUAAAAUAAAUGAGAAAAGCUUUAGUGAUUCCGACGAGGAACCGUUGGCUAGUAAAUUUCAGCGCAAACAGCAACAAACGCGCAGACAGCCUACGAAAGCAAAGGCAAGCGCAGCCAAAUUACCCGCCGGACGUAGGAAUGCAAAGAAAGCGUCCGUUCCGGAUGAGACCAUAACAGGUUCAUCACCCGAGAAGAACGAAAGCCCCGAAAAGGUAUCAAGGAGUGACGAAGCGGUUCGGCAGCAAACGGUAGCAAAAAAGGGAACAGCGACAACGGCAUCGGUAACAACCACCAACAACAUUAAUUCGUCGCCAACCGGUACAGCUAAACAAAACGGUACGUUGGGUGUUAAUAUGGUGGUUGGGAGCGUAACGAGAACUCCCACAAAAAUGACCACAAACAGUGCUCUGAACAGUCCGGUAGAAUCUCCAGCCCUUUCAUCCGAUCAUCUGAAAAGUCCCACCACAUCGGAGGGACAGAAUUUGUCGAGGUUAAACAAAUCGUUAGACAAUACGCAGCUGUCCACCACAGUCGAACCGGCCGAAAGCCCGAUAAAGAUACCGCAAAUGUUGAACAUCCCGACGGUCAUACCGACGCAACCGUCAUCCUUUCUGCAGCUAACAACGCCAACGAACCAGCACCAGCAGGCCCCGUUUACCCGUGCCAUAAAACCGACGCUUGGAACCACCUCCGGCACAGCAGUGAACAAUGUUUCAGCCGACGGUUACCUGUCUUUGAAUAAAUCCCCCACGGGGACAGCUUUAAACGCGCCCCAGCCGGAAACCGCUAUGCCUUUUAAUCGAUCCGCUGCGGUGACGAUAGCAACGGGGACAGUUACUGCAAGCGCGCCUAAAGAUUUUACGCUACCACUCGAUGAGCCCAAUUUCCUUAAGGGAUUCGACAAAUGUUCAUCAACCGAUCCGAACGCGGCGGAUAAACCGACCGGUUCCCAUUCUUCGUUGCUGGGUAACUUGCUUCCAAGCAAGGAGGAAUCGGAGAAGAUUUUCGGCAUAGCGAGCGUUAGCUUGGCGCAAAGUUCCGGUCCCUUGGAUACGAAGUGUACGCUUGGGAAGUGUGGUUCCGUGCACAAACCACCGCUAGGGCCACCCGUCCUGACGGAGUCACUACUCGGUGGUACUCUUUCGCCGCGAGAUCGCCGCAAAGCAAAGGUCAACAUGACACAUGAGCAAAUCCAGAAAUGGAUCUGCGAAUCAUCGUGGUCACCGAUCGAGGACGAUCUAAAGGAUGACGAUUUGGAGGUGGUUGAACCGGGCACCCGUACACCACCGCCCCAGUCGACGUCCUUUUCCGCUGCUCAGCCUACACCCACGACGCAGCCCUCAACAGUGGCCGCCUGUUCCGGAUGGGCUGGAAUGAUGGCUUCCACAUCCACACCACUUAGCACGCCAACCGGGGGCAACGGACGAGGUAAAGAGGAAAGCGCCGAUCGUACUCCGGCAAGCGGUCCAACCGUGUCUACAACGGUGUCCACCGCUGUGGAGAAAAAAGAUAUCGCUUCCCAACCGGCCCAAAAAGAACCCAUCGUUCCGGUGGCGCAAGAAUCAAAACCGACGAGCGGUGGUAAAGGUAGCACACACACACCGACAAAAAGCCCCGGCGAGGGACAACCGACGAAGGAAGUGUCCAGCGUACCAACGCCAACAAGCAACAAGCAACGCGAAGCGAAGGAUCAACGAAAAUCGAAGGCGGAAACACCCACAGCACCAGCUACAUCGACACCACGUACUACAGCCACAACGCCCACUACAUCGGGUGAUCGGAAGCCAAUCUACCGGAAUGCCACAGGCCGAACGCCCGUUUACAAGCAAGAGGCUCUGUCUGUCAAGCAACCAUCUGCAGCAACGCCGCCCACACCAAGCGGACAGCAUGUGUCUUCGCUGUCAGGUUCCACGAAACAGGCAGCCACCGGUGGACAAGGAUCAUCCUCCACGCAGAGCAACAAAUUCGGCGCCUUUUCCCCUGUAAACGAACCGAGCGUUUAUUCGUUUGAUAAGGAGGAAGAUUUUAUGCCCGUUGCGACACCCUUCCGCCGGCAGCAUGGUGGUGCAGCCAGUGGUGGACGACGCGAAUCGUGUAAUUCAUCCGCCCGAGAUGAGCCCACGGUCGGGGGUGGCAACAACAAGCGCGAUACAACGCCAGUGGCCGACGAAAAGAACGCAUUCCAGAAACCACCGGUGGUGGCGAAAGCGAGCAAUGUUGGCGGGACGGUGGUCAAUUCUGACGAGAAGAUAAAACCGACCGAAGUCACCGGUGAGGAGGGCAAUGUGGAGAAAAAGGAAGAGGACAGGGCACACACACAGGUAAAACAGGAGGCGAGUGACACGGAGGCGGACGGUGGUGGAGGGCAAACGUUUUACAUUCCACUCCAAGGUCCGACGGCUGGUGGCGGUGGUUCUGGUGGGGGUGGUGGUAGCUCCACUGGCAAAUCGGCCGAUCAGCUCAUCCAGGGUGUUGCGGUUAAGCUCGGCACGGAAGGUCCGGACGGUCCGAACCAACGUGUUAUAAUGCACGCCAAGCUGGUCACGAAGGCUGAGAUGGGCUCGAAUCCGACCACCCUGCCGGACUCGAUGAACGUGCAGGAGUUGGUAAAGAGUCUGACGGCACAGGGAGGUGCAGCAGCGGCACUAAGCAAGGAGGGACUAGCCAAACUACUUCCCAUCGGCCUGUUGCAAUCUCGUUUCAAGUCUACCGCCCAGACGGAACCGGCGCCCUCGACGGAUGCACGCACACCAACGCUAGAAGAUCGGGCCAGUGCCGAACCGAUGUCACGCGGUCUUUCACGUAUCGCGUCCAACUCGUCUCUUUCAUCUCAGCGCUCAAAACCGACCGGUAAAACAACCGCAAAAGCAGGAACGGCUGGUCGUGGUGGUGGUGCUGCUAGUAGUGAGGCGGUUUCAACACCCCAGCCGGACAACAAUACGGUAUUCCCGCGUCGUGACGAUCCAGCCCAGAUGGUGGAAGCGCCGGUAUUUAAACCAACCGAAAAAGAGUUUCACGAUCCGUUGGAGUACAUCGAGCGGAUCGCACCGAUCGCGUCACGGUUCGGGAUUUGUCGCAUCAUACCCCCGGCAAGCUUCAAGCCGGAAUGUCGCAUUGCGGACGAUAUGCGUUUCAUGGCGUACAAUCAGUACGUGCACAAGAUGCUGCACCGUUGGGGACCGAGCGCGAAAGAGUACGCCGCGAUCAAGAAAUAUCUGGCCACGCAAAGCAUUAACCUACAGUCGCCACCGGUUAUCGGUGGAAUGGAGGUGGAUCUGCCACGACUUUACCACACCGUACAGGAACUCGGUGGUCUGAAGGAGGUAAUUGAGAAGAAAAAGUGGGCCCGUGUAUCGGAGGACAUGUGCAUUCCCAAGGCGGCGCAUGAUCGCGUCUCGAAGCUGGACGACAUCUACUGCAAGUAUCUGUUGCCGUACGAUACGCUCUCGCCGGCCGAACGACAGAAGCUGUUCGACGAGGUCGAGGCGGACUGGGCGAAACGGGAGGCAAAGGCACGCCGGAACGCGGACAAGGGCGUUGGAUCGGAGAUCCGCAACAGUGGCGAUUCCGACGAGGAUGAUUCGAACGACGAAGAUGAUGAAGAGGACGAAGACGAGUGUUCGAUGGAGUGCAUCGUGAAGGGACGCAGCAUGCCACUGAAUCAGUUCUUCCGGAUCGCACGCAACACCAUGUCACUGUGGUUCCGAAACAGUGAACCGAACGUGGCAGAAAUCGAGGCAGAAUAUUGGCGGCAUGUGGCCGUCCGCGAUAGCCACGUGUGCGUACAUUCCGGUUCGAUCGAUUCGAGCGCGUUCGGGUACGGAUUUCCAAGCCCGAAGGUGAAGGGCUCGUCUUGUGCGAAACAUCCCUGGAAUCUGAAGGUACUGACAAACAACAGUGGAUCGAUUUUACGCUCGCUUGGACCGGUUAUGGGGAUCACGAUUCCGACACUGCACGUGGGCAUGCUGUUCAGUGCCUGCUGCUGGUAUCGCGACCCGCACGGGCUGCCCUGGAUCGAGUACUUGCACACGGGUGCGAACAAGAUCUGGUACGGUGUGCCGGAUGAUCAGAACGCGAACUUCCGUGCGGCGCUGACGGUGCUCGUGCCAACGCACUGCCAGAACAAGACGAUCUGGUUGCCCUGCGACACAGCGAUGGUACCACCGCACAUGCUGACCGAUCGGAGCGUUUCCCUGUGCCGCACCGAACAGCAACCGGGACAGUUUGUGGUGGUGUUCCCGCGCGCAUACACGUCGAGCUUGUGCACUGGAUACGCGGUGUCGGAGAGUGUCUACUUCGCUACCAACAGCUGGCUCGAUACGGCGAAGGAAGAUUUUAGGGAUAUACAAGAAAGCUGCGAACCGACGAUGUUUUCCGUAGAACAGCUGCUGUUUGCGAUCGCGAACGAUCAGCGCAGCAAUCAUGAUACGCUCGUACAAGCGUAUCCGAUGAUCGUCGAUAUAUACGAGAAGGAGAAACAGCAUCGACAAACACUCAAGGAACAAGGCGUAACAAAAACGGAACGAAUCGAGUCGAAAAAGAAGAGCGCCUCACUGGACGAGUUCGAAUGUGAACGAUGCAGGGCGAAUCUGUACCUUUCGCUGGUAAAGGUAAAAGUGAGUAACAUUGAUGAUGACGAUGAUGACAAUACGACGGUAGAUGAGGAGGAACGCAUCUACUGCCUAAAGCAUGCCGUGAAGCAUUUAGCUGACGGAGGCCUCCAGACGAAAAACUGUCGACUGGCGUACACCUACGCGCUGGAGGACAUCGAAGAGCUGUUGAAAAAGCUACAGGAUCGUAUCGCCAACAAGAAAUCAUCGAAAUCGAGUGCUGGCAGUAGUGGUGGCGGAGGUGGAGGCGGAGGUGGCGCCGGUGGUGGCCGUGGUAAGUCUUCGCUCCAUCUAGCAUCCACAUCGUCCCAGUCUUCUUCGUCCUAUCAGGCUCCCAGCCAUAGCAAGUACGCCGGUAUGGCCACGAUGUUGAAGUAG